UUUCAACUCUCUGAUUUUCUUCGAUGCUCAGUGCUGAUAAGACCCCAGCAGGCGCAGGAUGACUGUGGUGCUGGGUCCUGCCACCCGGCCAUUGGGGACCUCCUCCUGGGUCGCAGCAAGCAAUUAACAGCCUCGUCAACCUGUGGAUUGAAGAGCCCUCAGAAGUACUGCAUUAUAGGCUACCUCGAGGCUGAACAGAAGUGCUUUCUCUGUGAUUCCAGGUACCCAUAUAACCCCUAUAUGCAGCACAACAGCCACAUGAUUGAAAAUGUUAUCACAACUUUUGAGCCUGAUAGGAAAAAAAAGUGGUGGCAGUCAGAAAACGGUAUUGACCAUGUCAGCAUUCGACUGGACCUGGAAACCUUAUUCCAGUUCAGCCAUCUUAUCCUGACCUUUAAGACAUUUCGGCCUGCAGCAAUGCUGGUUGAACGCUCCACCGACUUUGGACAGACCUGGAAAGCGUUUAGAUAUUUUGCACAAGACUGCGCAGCUUCUUUUCCCAACAUCUCUUCUGGUCCAGCAAAGGGUGUGGGGGAUGUCAUUUGUGAUUCGAGAUAUUCAGACAUUGAGCCCUCCACUGAAGGCGAGGUUGUCUUAAAAGCUUUGGAUCCCAGCUUUGAAAUAGAAAACCCAUACGUGCCAUAUAUCCAAGAGCUCAUUACGAUGACAAACCUAAGGAUCAACUUCACCAAACUCCACACCCUCGGGGAUGCUCUGCUUGGAAGAAGGCACAGUGACCCCCUCGAGAAGUACUACUACGCUGUCUAUGAGGUGGUUGUGCGGGGCAGCUGCUUUUGCAAUGGUCAUGCCAGCCACUGUGAUCCCAUGCAGAAUCUGCGGGGUGAUGCCUUCCAUCAGCCCGGGAUGGUCCAUGGGAGAUGUAUCUGCCACCAUAACACUGAAGGCCCAUCCUGUGAAAGAUGUAAAGACUUCUACAAUGAUGCUCCCUGGAGGCCAGCUGAAGGGGCACAAGAUAACGCCUGCAAACGCUGUAACUGCAAUGGCCAUUCUGGCAGAUGCCACUUUGACAUGGACGUGUACCAGGCCAGCGGUGGGGUCAGCGGCGGGGUCUGUGAGGACUGCCAGGACAACACCACGGGGCAACACUGCGACCAGUGCAAGCUUUUCUUUUACCAGGACCCACGCAAAGCCAUCUCAGACCCUCACGCGUGCCUCCCCUGCAGCUGUGACCCAGAAGGCACAUUGCACAACGGCAUGUGUGAAAGCCGCACGGAUCCUGCUCUGGGGACAGUGGCGGGUCGGUGCCCGUGCAAGGAGAACGUGGAGGGCGUCCGCUGCGACCGCUGCAGGGCGAACCACUACGGGCUGAGUGGCAGUGACCCCCUGGGCUGCCAGCCCUGCAGCUGUGAUGCCUUUGGCACUCUGCCUUUCUCCAUCUGCGACCCUGCCAGCGGCGAGUGCCUCUGCCAGCAGUUCGCCACAGGCCGACGCUGUGAGAAAUGCGUUGUGGGAUAUUGGGGUCUUGGCAAGAGCUUGUAUGGCUGUUCUCCAUGUGACUGUGACAUUGGCGGAUCCCAGAAUAACUUGUGCUCACCAGAGGACGGUCAGUGCCAGUGCCUUCCCAACAUCGUGAGCCGCCAGUGUAACGAGCCAGCCCCAGGAUACUUCUUUUUACCCCUGGAUUAUUACAUUUAUGAAGCUGAGCAUGCAACGUCCCUUUCUGGCUCUGCACCCUUGGUUAAACCAACUGCUCUUCCAAGGUGUGACGUCUACUUCCAGAAGCAAGGAUAUGAGUUCACGAUUGAAAAUGGAAAGAUUGUGUUAAACAGGAGCAAAAAACGAAGCGUAAGAAAAGCUGGACUUGGGCAGGAUGCCAUUCAGUUGGGACAGGGCUCGGCUGCGGCAGUGGUUUUCAGGCAGCCCAGUGCUGGCCGGUCCGUCACGUGGACAGGAGCUGGCUUUGCCCGUGUCCUCAGUGGAGCUGGGCUGAGAUUUGCCAUCAACAAUAUUCCCUUCGCUAUGGACUUUGAUAUCGUGAUCCGUUAUGAGCCUGAGACCUUAGAAGACUGGCUAGCAAGCGUCACCGUUCAGCCUACUGGUGCUUUGUCAAGUGAACACUGCAGAACCCAGGGCUUUUCACAGGAGCCACAGGCAUUGGCUCUCCCAGCUGCGAAGAGGAUUGCCCUUCUGCAAACUCCAGUCUGCCUGGAGCCAGAAACAGAGUAUUCUGUGGACGUGUAUUUCUCUCAGCCCUCUGCCUCUGGCCCAAAGGCUAAGUCAUUCAUCUUGAUUGACUCUCUUGGACUUAUUCCCAGAAUCAGCUCUGUGGAAAAUUUAUGCAGUAAGAAGGAUUUAGAUGACUACCAAAAGUAUCACUGCAUUGAAAUUGCAGCAGAAGUUGGACCUCACAUCCUGCCUGAGGCAUGCUCACGGCUGAUCGCCAGCAUGUCUGCCCGCAUUCACCACGGUGCCGUCGCAUGCAAGUGCAAUCCCCAAGGGUCGCUGAACGCCAGCUGCAGCAGGCUGGGGGGGCAGUGUCACUGCAAAGCCAACGUCGUGGGACGCUGCUGCGACACCUGUGCUGCGGGCAGCUACGGCUUUGGCUUCCACGGCUGCUACCCAUGCGAGUGCCACCCGCAAGGCUCGGUGAGCUCGCUGUGCGACCAGGUGACGGGGCAGUGCGCCUGCCGCCAGGACGUCGAUGGGCAGCGCUGCAGCCGGUGCCUGCCUGGGUAUUUUGGGUUUCCCCACUGCCGCCCAUGCCCGUGUAAUGGCUACGCAGAGCUUUGCGACGCAGUGACCGGCGACUGCCUCAACUGCAGCAGGUUUACGGCUGGAAGCCGCUGUGAAAGGUGCAUGGAUGGCUAUUAUGGAAACCCCCUGAACAGAGAACCCUGCCGCCCAUGCAUGUGCCCAGGGGCACCUACAAGCAAGAGUUUUUUUGCACAUUCCUGUUACCAGGACACCCAGACUGCAGAAUUAGUCUGCAACUGUCUCGAGGGAUAUUCAGGCCGGCAGUGUGAUGAGUGUCCCAGUGGGUUUUACAAAAACCCAGGAAGCCCCACGGAGGGCUGUGCACCAUGCCCCUGCAACAACAACAUUGACAUGACCGACCCAGAGUCCUGUAACAGAGUCACCGGGGAAUGCAUCAAGUGUUUGUACAACACCCAUGGAGCACACUGCCAGUUCUGCAAACCCGGGUAUUUUGGCUCAGCCCUUGCUCAGGACUGCCAAAUCUGCACAUGCAAUCUCACAGGUGUCCUCCCUGCCAUGUGCCCAGGGAGGGACGCAGCCUGCCUGUGUGACCCGGCCACUGGUGCUUGCCCCUGCCUGCCCAACGUGGUGGGCACAACGUGCAACCAGUGUGUGCCUGGCUACUGGGACCUGGCUAGCGGAAAAGGAUGUCAGCUCUGCGACUGUGAGACGAAAAACACCCAAAGCAACCAGUGCAACCAGCUUACAGGCCAGUGUCCAUGUAAGCCUGGCUAUGGUGGAAGACGUUGUGACGAAUGUGAGGAAAAUUACUUUGGCAAUCCCCAGGUGCACUGCAUUUCAUGUGCGUGUAACCUGGAGGGAACCAGCCAGCCCCAGUGCGACAAAGCCACCGGCGCGUGCAACUGCCGUGCUGGUGUCACGGGGUGGUUCUGCAACCAGUGCGGCCGUGGCUUCGAGAAAGACUUUCCCACUUGCCGUCAGUGUCACCUGUGUUUUGAUCAGUGGGACGCCGAAAUUACUGCCCUCGCCCAGACUGUUCAAGGGCUAAUGAGGUUUGCUGCAAGUCUGGAGGAUAAAGUAGGACGAAUGCCCAGCUGUGACAUGCGCUUCAAAGCCUUUGAAGAUGCCAUUUCUGAAACUGAACGGAUUUUGAAGCAUCCUGUUCUUUCACUGGAGGCACUUGCAGGCAUCAAGGAUUUUCAUGGCUACGUUCAAGAAAAAGUUGCACAAAUGGGUCCCCUUCCUAGAAUGCUAUAUGAAUUUCCCGACCUUAAUGAGAACAUUGAAGAUAUUAGGGAAGAAGCUGACCUUGUCUACGAACUUCUACAACAGAAAAGACAUCUGCAUCACAGUUUUCAUUACUUGAACCUCAAAGAGGCCAUCAGCAACAUUAGGAAACACUUAGAAAUGUCAUUGCUGGCAGAAGAGAAAAGCAGUGGGACAACCCCAGUCAUAAGAUACUCGGAGUGCACCAGGAACAGCACGCUCACUGUGAUGGGCCAGCAGGCCUUGAAAGGAAGCAAUGUGCUGGAGCAGCUCAAGAUGAUCAAGAUCCCUGACAUCCAAAACUUAAAUGAAAAGAUCUGCGGGGUGCCAGGGAACCUGCCCUGUGCUGCAGCAGCCUGUGGUGGUGGCCCAAACUGCAGCGGAGCUCUUCCCCUCUCCUCCUCAGCCUUCAGGAAGGCUGAGGAGACUGCUGUCCUGUUAACCAACUUGACUACUCAGCUACGGGAACCUGAGAAUCAGUAUUUCCAGGUUGAAAGCAUCAGAAAGAUGGCAGAAGACACCAAGCUGAAAGGUUCGCUGUUUAAUGGGGAACUGGAGAGAGCUAAGAACCAGAUUGAAGUUGACCAAGAAAUCACAAAGGAGUUCAUCAAAAAAGUGAAAGACUUCUUGAUAGAUGAGAGCGCGCCUCCGGAAGACAUUGAGAAGGUGGCGAGUUACGUCCUGGAAAUCAACCUGCCCCUGACUCCACGAGAGCUAACAAGCAUGCUUGGCAAAAUCCAAAGCAUUAUGGCCCACUGUCAGAAGUAUAAACUGAACGCAAAUAAGAGAAACAGGAAAAUGGAAGCGGCUCAGACACUGCUGGGGGAGGCACAAGAUGCUGACAAAGCAGCUAAAGCUCUUCCACCUGUGCGUGACAUUAAUGAGAAACUAAAAAAUGCUGUGAGCUCCCAAGGACGCUCCAAAAACACCUUCAUAAAGUUGAAUGAAGAAAUAAAAGGAAUCAGAACACAAAUCUCACAGGCUGAGAACCAACUCAACAAGACAGGAGAUGAACUCAAUGACUUUUCAGCAAAACAGUCCAAGGUGGAAGGUGGAAUCGCCACGUUGAGGACGAAAAUGCUGAUGAACAGGAAUCAAGCUACGAAUGCAAGAGCAGGGGCAGAAGCAGCAUUCAAGCGAGCUCAGAAAAUUGACAACGAAUUUGCUGCCGUUAAAAGGAAGUACACUGUUCUUCAAGACAGACUGAAAGCCAAAGGGCCUCCUAAAGCAACUCUAGCAAAAGUGAAGCAGCUGAAAGAAGAAGCGGAAAAACUGGCUGAAGAGAUUGAAAAAAAAAUUAGAAGAGUAACAGAUUUGGAGAAGAAGCUUCAGGACCUGAAUCAAACCAAGCAAGACAAGGCAGAGCAACUCAGACAACUCGAGGAGCAAGUGAUAGCCAUCACAAAUGAAAUUACAGAGCAGGAAAGCAAGUAUGCAACAUGCAAAAGCUAAGGGCUGAGCAGACCAUGAGGUAAAGUGCAACUGAGUCACCUCCUGAGCACGGGGUGGCUGUCCUCUGUACAUAAAUCUGAAGGUGUAUGCAGUAUUUUGGCACAGGGAAUAAUGUAACUUUCUCUUGAUUUUUUAACCUGGUUGGGUACAUAUGGGAAGAGGAAAUACCUUUUAAUAAAACACCUGAUGAAGUAAUCA